AUGCCUGCCGUCACUGCAAUGACCUCCGUCCCCAGUGACCCAUACGAGUUGCUGCAUUGGAACAUGAUACUAGCUCAUCAGACGUACGAGAAGGGCUACGAGAAUAUUGUAUGCCUCCUGGGAAACCCUCCCAAAGACGACUUGAAGAAUUUCUUGGGCUACUGCGAAGCAUGGGGUUAUUCUGUCGUGCAUCAUCACGAUAUAGAGGAAGCAACUAUCUUUCCAGUCUUGAGCAGAAAGAUGGACUUCUCCCACGAGAAAGAACAGCACCAAGAGCUGCACGCGUUCCUGGACAAAUUCCUGGAGAUCAUCAAGGCGGCCCAGGCCGAUCACACCAAGUUCAACGCGCCGCAGCUCAAAAAGCUCAUGGAGUCCGCCAAGGACGUGAUGUUUGUACACUUCGACGAGGAACUCGUGCAUAUAGAGGCAACGAAGCUGAAAGAAGCAGGCUUCACUGAGCACGAGUGCACGGGUAUGAUCGACGAGAUGGAGAAACACGCGAAGGGUAGCGGCGACCCCUUCCUCAUCGCUCCCUAUAUGCUCAGCCACACAGCGCCCGAGUACAAGAACAUCUGGCCUUCAAUGGCAUGGGUACUGCGAAAGGUCGCAGUGCCUUACGUGUUGGCAGUUAGGCACACCGGGUAA